GUGUCAGUAAGAAGAAUCUCCAUGGAUCCAAUCCUGGUCCUGGUGUUCACCCUCUCCUGUCUGUUUCUCCUCUCACUCUGGAGACAGAGCUCUGAAAGGGGGAAGCUCCCUCCUGGCCCCACUCCUCUUCCAAUUAUUGGAAAUAUCCUUCAGAUCAAUGUGAAGGACAUCUGCCAAUCCUUCACCAAUUUAUCAAAAGUUUAUGGCCCUGUGUAUACUCUAUAUUUGGGCAGGAAGCCCACUGUGGUGUUGCAUGGAUAUGAGGCAGUGAAGGAAGCUCUGGUUGACCAUGGGGAGGAGUUUGCUGGAAGAGGAAGGCUCCCAGUUUUUGAUAAAGCUACUAAUGGAAUGGGCAUUAUAUUUAGUAAAGGAAAUGUAUGGAAAAACACAAGGCGCUUCUCACUCACGACUCUGCGGAAUUUAGGCAUGGGAAAAAGGAGCAUUGAGGACCGUGUUCAAGAGGAAGCACGUUGCCUUGUGGAGGAACUUAGGAAAACCAAUGGCUCACCCUGUGAUCCCACCUUCAUCCUGGGCUGUGCUCCCUGCAAUGUCAUCUGCUCAAUUAUUUUCCAGGAUCGUUUUGAUUAUAAAGAUCGGGAUUUUCUUAAUUUGAUGGAAAAACUGAAUGAAAUAACCAAGAUAAUGAGCACCCCUUGGUUGCAGGUGAAGUCAUGAUUCCUUGACUCUGAGAACAUUCUUUUGCUCUUUAUUAUUUGCAGGUCAGAUUGAACAAAGACCGAGUAGUGAGGUGACCAGACAUGACAGUGCUGACUAACGUAUUAUGGAAAGAAUAUUUGGAAGCAAAUUCCAAACCUCUUGCUAUACAAAUGGAAAACUAGAAGGGGCAAUGCCAGGAUAGCUUUGGCCUGCUAUCUCCCUAUCUAUUGAUUUCUCUAUUAACUUCCACGGAAAUCUUUUGAUUAAAUACUGUAUUCACUUCUAGAAAUUUGGCAAGUCACUCUUAGGACAUUCUUCUACUAUGUAAUUUAUUGGCCUCUUUUCAACAAUUACACACAUCUUCAUCAUAUUACCAGCAAGGAGUAUCUCAGUACAGAAAGACUAUUCUCUUAAAGAGAAAGAAUAUGUGUGGCAAUGAGAGCUGCCAAGAAGCAGUUACUUCAGUGGCUUGGUGCAUAAGCAAGAACUCUAGUUUACAGGGUAAGAGGAAGAAGUUACAAGGUGCAUGAUUUCAUUCUGUGUGGACGAUAAGCAUCCUCCCAGAAUUGUCUUAUGCUGAACUAGCCUUUCAUGAAAACUACAUAAAGAAUAAUUGUAUUGGAAAACUCCACACAGGUUUUGGUAUAUAAUUUAUUUUAAGGCAUAAACUCUUUUGUUUUAAAAAGCUGCUUGGUAAGAAUAAAAUCUUCAGUUAUUAAAUUUCUUCUGUAAAUCAAGUCACCCAGACAUCUUAAGUUCUUCUGUAGAGUAUGUGUGUAAGUAAUUUACAUAUGUGAUAUUUCAAACAUGAGAAUAGAGUUCUUGGAGCUAUCAAAGAACAGACAUGAACGUAUUUUGCACAAAAAAAGAUAUGUGAGUGUGAAAUUUUUGCUGUUCUUUGGUCAUUUGGGCAGUAAUUUCUCCCUUGUAUUUCUCUAUUAGAAUAGAGAAUUAGCAUGUAUGAAAAAAAAACUACCUCCUUAGGAUGCACUAAAGUACAUAUUUUGAUCUAUCAAUUCAAAUCAAUCAUGUGGGAUGAUAUAAAUAUGCCUUACUUACUUCAUUACAAUUUAUUCAUUUAGUAAAUUCUUGAAUUCCCUAUAGGUUUGCAAUACAUUUCCUGUUCUGCUUGAUUAUUGUCCAGGAAGUCAUAACAAAGUUUUUAAAAAUUAUGCUUGUAUUAAAAAUUUCCUUUUGGAGAAAAUAAAAGAACAUGAAGAAUCAUUGGAUGUUA